UUCACAGUAAGGGUUUCUUCUCUAUCUGUAUCUGCACUGGUAAAAUGGGUAUUGAACAAGAUGGAAGAGAAGUGAUAUUCAGAGAUAUUAGGAGAUAUUAUUGUGAGUACUGUGGGAUUUUUCGCUCCAAAAAAUCCCUCAUCUCUUCUCAUAUCCUCCUCCAACAUAAGGAGGAAAUAAAGGAAAAAGAGCAACAGGAGGAAAUAAAGGAAGGGAAACAAAUGAAUACUUGUGAAGAGUGUGGUGCGUGUUUCAAGAAGCCAGCUCAUCUAAAGCAGCAUAUGCAAAGCCAUUUCCUGGAGAUUGAAGUGGUCUGGAAAAAAAAUUGUUAUUUAUGGGCGUGAAGCAUUGGAUCCACAGAAAAGAACUCCAAAAUGCAGGAGGCAGCAGCAUUACCUUGAAUGGAUCAGUACCAGGUGGGGGACCACCUGUGAAGCUCCAUCAAAGGCCUUUCACAUGUCCAGUGGAUGACUGCCACUCCUGCUAUAGGAGGAAGGAUCACUUGGCCCGACAUCUGCUUCAGCAUCAAGGGACAUUAUUUGAAUGCCCCAUGGAGGACUGUAAACGCCGGUUUGCUUUUCAGAGUAAUAUGAAGCGUCAUGUGAAAGAGAACCACUGUGAAUCUUCUUCUGUUAAUGCAGAGCAUUCCAAAAAAUAUCUCUGUUCAGAAAUCGGAUGUGGAAAAGCAUUCAAGUAUCCAUCCAAAUUGCGUAAACACGAAGACUCCCACAUUAAGUUGGAUACAGUGGAGGCAUUAUGUUCAGAACCAGGCUGUAUGAAAUAUUUCACGAAUAAGCACUUCCUUAAGGAACAUUUUUUGUCUUGUCAUCAGUACAUUGCCUGUGAGAUAUGUGGCACGAGGCAGCUGAAGAAAAACAUUAAGCGUCAUCUUCGAGCACAUGAAGUGGGGGUUUCCUUGGAUAGAAUCAAGUGUAGUUUCGAUGGUUGCGUGCAUACAUUUUCAAAUAGAUCAAAUCUCAAACAACACAUCAAAGCCGUGCACUUGGAUCUUAAACCAUUUACCUGUGGCAUUCCUGGUUGUGGCAAGAAAUUUGCAUUUAAACACGUGAGAGAUAACCACGAAAAAUCUGGGUGCCAUGUCUAUUCUCAGGGAAAUUUCGAAGAGUCUGAUGAACAAUUUCGAUUAAUAUCGAGAGGUGGCAGGAAAAGGAAGUGCCCUGUUAUUGAAACUCUGUUGCGGAAAAAGGUUACACCACCUAGUGAAUCGGACCCCAUGAUGUGCGAGGGACCUGAAUACUUAUCAUGGUUACUUAAUGCAGAAUCCGAGAAUUUAGCUAUGGGAGACGCACUUUUCACGAGUAUGUAUUAAGUUGUACCCUUGUCUCGAAAAAGAAAAGUAUUUACAAUGUCUUAGGUGUAUAUCGAUAUGCAUAUUCUCCUGUUGUUUAUAAGUUAGAUGUUUAGGCAAUAUCAACACGUGUAUUUGUGGAUGGUUUUUAUUAUUGUGUAUCUCAGACAAUGUUGACUGGAUUUU